AUGCUCGCUUUCUCUGAUGGACCACCUAAACUGAAAAUCCAGCCCUGGUCAAAGGCAGAUGUGUUCGAAGAGGAUUCUGCAAGUGAAGCAGAUUUUUCGAAAGACAUUUGGACUGAAGAUGAGUCAUCUGAAGGCUUUGAAAGCUCGAGAUUCAGCCACUCCUGUGAACGCUGUACACCACGCAAGACCGCUAAGGAUUCUGCACGAGCAUUUUUGGCGGAAAUACAGUCUAUGGACGACCUCAAUCUAAUCUCAGAAGAAGAGGGUGAGGAGGAUAGUUUUCCGAUUGCACCAGUCUUGGGUGACCUACAACCGCCCUUACCGCUAACGGCCAGACAAUCCUCCAUGGAUUCAGACGACUCUGGUUGUCAUGCUGGAACUGGAUUGAUGGGGUCAAUCCUCAACAAAGUCAACGUGCCAAAGAAGUUUGCUGAGUUGGCUGAAAAGGGCCCUAACAUUACGCCACGACUUGCUCCCCUCAAUCCGUUAAAACAAUCACAUCUAGGGAGAAAGGUGGAAACUCGUUUGGGUGCAAAGAAAGGUGAUGUACUUUUGAAUCAAAGCAAUUCCGGUGCAGGUGAUGUGCAUGAAGAAGUCCAGAAUUCUAAGCGACAGUUACCGCCUGUUGGAAAUGCAUCCUCCUUUAAUUCUGCCCAGCGGUUGCGACGUCUGGUUAUAGACACACGAUUCACCGAUUCGCGGACAGUGAAGGCCUCAAAACCGGCACCAGCGAAGUCUGUUCGCAAACGGGAAUGA